AUGCGCCAACGACUUGAUCAUUUGGAAGCAUUGGUGAAGAGACUAAUAUCUGAGCGACAACAAGCCUCUUCACUCAGAAAGAACUCAGCCGACAGGACUGAAGACUUCAAAGCCGAGGCCGAACCGUCCGAUGCCCACGAAGUUGCUGGUGACGGGAAGACGGUCGUGGACGGAAUCCGUUCUAUGUAUCUGAGUGGAGACGACUGGCACAUCGUACUUCAAGAGAUAAACGAGCUAAAACGGACAUGGCUGGAUGACAGCAUUGACUACAGCCUACCUCCCGCUUUCUCUCACACGGUCGAUGGAUCAAGCCUGCUCUUUCAUCAGGUCGGACAAAUCGACCACAUGGAGAUCCUAUCCACUUUGCCACCCAAGCUUGAGGUCGAUCGGCUUGUACAUACGUUCUUUGAUCGGCAAACCUUCCCGAUCACGGUUCCUCCCAUUCUCCAUAAACCAACUUUCAUGCGCGAAUACGAAGAUCACUGGAAGGACCCAUCUAAAACUAAUUUGAUAUGGCUGGGUCUUCUCUUCUCCAUCCUCGGCAUCACCGUGUUGGCACAUUACCAAUAUGGAGGACCCCCGGAGUACGAAGGCAUCUCGGAAUCGCUCUUUCAACUCUACAGGAUGCGAACAGCGCAAUGCCUACUAAGCGGUGACAUUUCAAAGUGUCUGCCUUACACAGUGGAGACAUUGCGAUUCAACGCAACCGCCGAGCUGAACCGAAAGGACGACAACCGUCGUGGGCUGUGGAUAAUGACAGGCGUCGUUGUUCGUGCUGCCAUUAAUAUGGGCUACCAUCUUGACCCAUCAGAUUCCCCAGAGUUCUCGUUGCUGCAAGCAGAGUAUCGUCGUCGCACAUGGUUAUCCAUUAUCCGAAUGGACGACAUGGCCUCUUUUCUGGGCGGCUUCCCUCGUCUGGGGUCGGCAAUCCCCUCGACCACGCGGGAGCCUCUCAACUUACAUGACUGGGAGCUAUCCGAGAAGACUAUGAUUCUUCCCCCAUCUCGACCGCUCACUGAGCCUACUGCAGCAACAUAUCUCAUUGUCAAGGGGCGCUUGUUCUACGCUCUGGGUCGAGUCGCUGAUCUGAAUAGUAUUCCAAGUCUGGCCUCGUACGAGACCGUCCUCGACGUUGACCGCGCCGUGCAUAGUGCAUAUCAGAAUGUCCCUCCGCAUAUGAAAGAAUUUUCUAUAAGCGGCGAUAACAGCGGACCCAUCCGAGGAAGGACCCAAUUUUCCCACCUCGGCUUGCUAUGCAUGUAUCACAAAGGCAUGUGCGUACUGCAUCGCAAGUUCUUAGCCAAGGACAGAGGCAACGACCGGUUCAAGGUCUCGCGAGAUCGAUGUAUCUCGUCUGCGUUGGCGCUACUCGACUUACAGAUAGAACUGCAGCCGUCCUUCUACAAAAUUUCGCAGACACGACAGAUGCUGACCCUUGCUGCGAUGAUCUUGUUCCUGGAACUGGAGCUGAGACGGAAGAGCCCCAAUUUAGAGGCGUCUCCUGACAGUGGCCUUCUUUUCCAUGUCUUGGAGCAGUCAUGUGCCCACUGGGCAGAAGCGGUGAGCGCCUGCGAUGACACCCGGAGAAUUCACGAGUUCCUAGAGCACAUGCUGUCGAGCUUUAAACCUGGGAGGGGCACUGAGCCUGGAUGUCCUGAAAUUCUGCCAGAAGCACAACUACGAUCUCAAAGACUUAGCCCGUGGUCUAGUGCAGCUGAUUUGGGAUUUUCAUUCGAAGACAACUUGUCCACUAUGGACUUUGACUGGAAAUCUAUUCCCAUACCGCCAAAGCCAUCUUCAGAAUAUGAUGCAGAAAGUAGCAAGGGCUUUGAGAUGCCUGCUCUGACCUCAGGUCCGCAACUGGUUGGAUUCCAAAAUUUGGAUAACCAAUUUAUUGGCCUCGCUCGCGAUUAUUGA